AUGACGUUCUUGGGUCCUACAGAUGUAUCUGCGACUUCAGCCGGCGAGUACGGAGUUAGCACGGCGCCUCUGUCCUCGCGCGCCAUGCAGCAGCUCGCGCUGGCGUGCUCCGUGAGGCUCGAGCGCCUCCGCCACUCCCCGCGCGCGAGCCAGCCAUCCGCAGCUGUUGAGCACCCGCCGGCGCAGCGGGUCACCCGCGCGAGGCAAGCCGAACUCGAGCGUCGCCGCGCCUCGGCGCACCAACCUAGCUUAAUCAGACAUAUAAAUAACCAACACACAGACAUAUAUUCAUGCAGAAUCUGUUCGCAAGAGUUCUCAAACAAAACUCUCCGCAAAGAACAUGAACACACUCACAUGGAACUAGGAACAUACAUUUGCGAUAUGUGUAAUAUAAAAUUCAGCCUGAAAUCAGUUUUAAUUAGUCAUAUUUUUAACUUUCAUAUGAAGAUAAAUGAAGUGUGCAAAGUUUGCAACAAAAUUGUUGACAAAACGUACAUAGAGAAACAUCAAAGACUUCACACUGGUAAAAAACCAUACAAAUGUAAGGUAUGUGGUAAAAAAUUUGCACUUGUUGAAUAUUUACUUUUACACAAAAGAGUUCACACUAGUGAAAAACGAUACAAGUGUGAAGUAUGUAACAAACAAUUGAAAUAUAAAAAUAGUUUAAACAAACAUAAAAAAAUUCACACCGGUGACAAAAGAUAUAGCUGUGAUCAAUGCGGCAAACGUUUUAUACAAAACAGCACUUUAACUGAACACAAAAGAGUUCACACAGGUGAGAAACUGUAUAAGUGUGAUGAAUGUGACAAAUUAUUUGGAUAUAGGAAAACUUUAAAUAAUCAUAAAAGAAAGCAUGCUCGAGGUGAUAUUUACAGCUGCAACUUUUGCGGCGAGAAAUUUCCACUAAUGAUACUUUUAAAUAAACAUAAAAAUAAGCAUGUCGGAGAGAAAGCGUUCGGCUGCGAAGAGUGUCACAAGAGAUUUAAGACUAAAUCUGAAUUAGAUUUCCAUAAAGCAACGCACAAAGCAGACAGACCAUACACCUGUGACAGGUGUGGUAAGCAAUUUAAACACAUAAAAAAUUUUGAUCAACAUAAAAAAACUCAUGCAGAAAAAUCUCACAGUUGUAAUGAAUGUAACAAGAAAUUCACACACAAGCAUCAGUUAAAUGCUCAUGUAAGAACUCACACUAAAGAAAAACCAUAUAUUUGUGAAAAAUGUGGCGCGCGAUUCGCUCAAAAUUAUAUUUUACAGAAACAUAAACAAAUUCAUUUUGAAAAGAUACCCGUGACUGAGUGAGUGUGAGAAAAUGAACUAAAGGGAUUCAUUAUUAUUUCUUUAUUUAUUUGAACUCUUAGCCUAGGUGAUUUAUAAUAUGAAUAUAAAAGUAAAAUCUAAAAACACUCACAAAACAUUAAAGAAUACAUGUAAACACAUUAUAAAAAAACCUAAACGGGCGGGGCUUGGCCCAAGCUGCAAGCUGCUGCUUGGCUGUGGUCAGGGCUGCAGAGAGAGGAACUGACGUACUAUACGCGCCGUAUCCUAAAUUACCGCCUUCUGCGUCUGACCCUUGAUCCAACCACCCAUUAUUAUCAUUACA